GGCAUGGAUGUACGCACGGUUCUCGAUGGCUAUCUGCGGAAAGCCGUCCAUCCGAACAAUCACGAUUUGGACGUGUCGGCAAUCGAUCAGUUCUGUUUGACGUUGAAAAAGGACCCAUCGAAGAUGUCCAUUGCCCGGGAGCUGCUCGUAAGCCGGAUACAGUCCCCAAACACGAAAGAAGCACUGCUUGCGCUAGAGGCACUGGAGGAGUGUAUGGAAUCGUUAGGCCGAGAAUUUCGAUCCGAAAUCAACAAGUUCCGGUUUCUGAACGAACUAAUCAAGAUGGUUUCGAAGAAAUACAAUGGUGAUCAAACACCGCGCGAAGUAUCUGACCGUAUUCUGAACAUCCUGCUUACCUGGACGAACAAGUACGAUCCGUGCGAUUGUGAUAAAAUACAGGAAGCGUACAAUCUGCUUGCCACCCAGGGCAUCCAGCACCGUUCGCAGCAGAAUGUCAUCAUCCGCGGACCACCGGUCCGGCAUCCGGACGAGCGGGGCGGUCCGGUUCUGGAUAAAGAGCAGCAAAAGCUAAAACAGCUCAUCAGCAGCGGUAAGCCGGAAAACUUUGAAAAAGCGAACCUACUGAUACAGAACCUCUACCGGGACGAGGAACGGCGUACGCAGAUGAAAAGUCGUCGAUUGUCAGAGUUGCAAAAGGUGGCCGAAAAUACGAAGCUGCUAAAUGAAAUGCUGGACCAGUACCGGGCCGGUGAAACGUCGGACGAGUUGGCGAUACUGGGCGAAAUUUAUGAAUCGUGUGAAAGUGCCCAUCCAACGAUUGUCCGAUUGGCGGAGGAAACGCAACACAGCGAGGAAAUGCUCGUUCAAUCACUUGAGAGCGGAUGCAAGAAUGUAGGAAAAUUCUGGAGUUUAGCUAGUGAAUUUGAAAAAAUAUUCGAAGUCAACGAUGCGCUUACGCUAGCGCUGGAUAAAUACCGUGUAAAAGUACUCCAUCAGCAACCAGCCGAGCGGGCCACCCUGUCCCAGCGUGGUGCAGCCGCCAACGAAUUCACGACACUGCCCACCAGCAUGAGCUACACACCGAACAUCAUUGGACCGGAUCCACUGGAAACGUUGUUCGACGUGUCCAGCGAUGUCCCUGGACAUGGUGUGGAUAAAAAGACGACUACCUCGCAACGCUCGAACUAUGACGAUCUUAGCGACAUAUUCUCAUCGACCGGCAGCAACGGAACGGCUACUAGCCACAGUAUACUGCUCCCGGAGGCAGCAGUGCCCCAAAGUACGCCUUCAGCGCCAACGUUCGGGCUUAACGGAUUGAAAGCAAAUGACACCAAAACUAAAGAUAAUCUAAUGGAGCUGAAUUCCAUUUUAAACAGCAUUAAGAAUAGUGCCAGCAUGUCUUCUCCACCAGCUUCGACGGGCAGCGGUGUAGCUAAAAAACCUUCACCAACAAAAGCACCCCAUAAUGGGUCUAGUAGCGGUACUGGACCAUCAAGCAAAUCCAUUCCCGAACUGGAUUCCAUCAUCAGUGGUAUGAAGGCGACACUACUUUCCGGACCAUCGGUAGCAUCCGAGGAGGUAGUAGAGGAAUCUGUUUUAACACCAAAGCACGAACCGGCCGGUGCGGGAUCGGAAGAGGACGAUCCAAUUUUGGCCUCGCAACCGGUUACACAUUCCCUACCAGCUCGCUCCAAUGCUGAGGAAGAAGCGUCUUCCUCAGCGCCGGUAGAAACCGUUGUCAAGCCGGAAUUGAAAGCGCUAGCGGAUAUUGUGAUCGAUCUUGACAGCAUCCAACCAAGCCGGGAACCAUCGCGUACCGUGCUGGAUGAUAAGGAAGGCCUUCAGAUUACGCUUAAUUUUGCCGCCGACCAUCCACGGCCCGAUGUGACGGUGAUUGUGAUUUCCACUAUCAAUCAGGGCCGCACCACCAUUCCCAGCUUCCAGUUCGAUGCGAGCGUACGGAAGCCGUGCAAGCUGCGCCUGUUGCCACCGUCCGCCACUAGUCUGCCCGGUACGAAACCAUUCCGGCCACCGGCCGAUGGUAUUACGCAGGUGUUGCUGCUAGCCAAUCCGACUGGCGAGCCGGUCGAUUUAACGUGCAUCCUAACGUACCUGGUCGGGGAUGAUCCGGAUCCGAUCAAGGAAUCGAUCGUAAUGCAAGCGGUACCAUCGGUCAGGGAGUAA